AUUGCUCUACCAACACCUCCAACUGCUGUAUCAACAACCACAACUGGUCUACAAACGACCACAGCUGAAACAACCAGAACUUCUUCACUAACAACUACAACUUAUACACCAUCAAGUACAACCUUUGCACCAACUACUACAACUACUUUACCAUCAACUCCAACUAUUGUGCCAACAACUACAAGUGAUUUAUCAACAACAACUACUACACAAAUAACUACAACUUCUGUACCAAUAACUACAACUGAUGCACCAACAGCUACUAUACCAAUAUCUACAACUACUUUACCAACAACUACAGCUACUCCACCAACAAAUACUACACAUAAUGAACCUACAACUACAACUUCCAGUUUCAAUACUACUCCACCAACAACAAACACAACUACAUCUUCUGCACCAACAACCACAUUUGCUGCACCAACAACUAAAACUAUUGCAUCACCAACAACUGAUGUACCAACAACUACAUCUUCUGCACCAUCAACUACAACUACUGCACCAACAACCACAACUUCUGCACUAACAACUACAACGUAUACACCAUCAAGUACAACUGCUGCACUAACAACAACAACAACAACAACAACAACAUCACCACCAACAUCUGAUGUAUCAACAACUACAUCUUCUGCACCAUCAGCUACUACACCAACAACCAGAUCUUUUUCACUAACAACUACAACUUAUACACCAUCCAGCACAACCUCUGCACCAACUACUACAACUACUUUACCAUCAACUCCAACUAUUUCACCAACAACUACAAGUGAUUUAUCAGCAACAACUACUACACAAAUAACUACAACUUCUGUACCAAUAACUACAACUGAUGCACCAACAGCUACUAUACCAGUAUCUACAACUACUUUACCAACAACUACAACUACUCCACCAACAGAUACUACACAUAAUGAACCUACAACUACAACUUCCAGUUUCACUAUUACCCCACUAACAACAACAACAACAACUGAUGCACCAACAACUACAACUACUGAACCAACAACUACAUCUUUUGUACCAACUACUACAACUACUUUACCAUCAACUCCAACUAUUGCACCAACAACUACAAGUGAUUUAUCAACAACAACAACUACGCAAAUAACUACAACUUCUGUACCAAUAACUACAACUGAUGCACCAACAGCUACUAUACCAAUAUCUACAACUACUGUACCAACAACUACAUUUGCUGCACCAACAACUACAACUAUUUCACCACCAACAUCUGAUGUAUCAACAACUACAUCUUCUGCACCAUCAGCUACUGCACCAACAACCAGAUCUUCUUCACUAACAACUACAACUUAUACACCAUCAAGUACAACUGCUGCACUAACAACAACAACAACAACUGUUGCACCAACAAGUAAAACCUCUGCACCAUCAACUACUGAACCAACAACUACAUCUUUUGCACCAACUACUACAACUACUUUACCAUCAACUCCAACUAUUGCACCAACAACUACAAGUGAUUUAUCAACAACAACUUCUACACAAAUAACUACAACUUCUCUACCAAUAACUACAACUGAUGCACCAACAGCUACUAUACCAAUAUCUACAACUACUUUACCAAUAACUACAACUACUCCACCAACAAAUACACAUAAUGUACCUUCCACUACUACAACUUUCAAUUUCGCUACUACUCCACCAACAACAACCACAACUGCAACAUUACAAAUAUCAACUUAUACACCAACAACUGAAGCACCACUGCCAACAUAUACUCCAUUUCUAACAAAUACAACCACUUCACACAGAACUCUUCUUUUACUACCCACAACAACAACUACUACUACUACUACUACAAUACCUAAUUUUGCACAGAAGAGAAAAAAACGAAAUGCAGUUUCACUAGAAACCAUAGGCAACUCAACACAGUGCAACGACUACUUUGAGAACUACUUCACCAACAACUACGCCAUCAAUAACUUUUUCAAAUACCAAAACUUUACCACCAACAACCACUACACCUAA